GCGCGCAGGGAGCGGCCUGGGCGGCGGCGGCGGCUCCUCCUCUCCAGCCAUGGCUGUAAAAGAUCCAACAGCUGUAGAAAGAGCAAAUUUACUGAACAUGGCCAAACUGAGUAUCAAAGGACUCAUUGAAUCAGCUUUGAGCUUUGGCCGUACUCUGGAUUCUGACUACCCUCCUCUGCAGCAGUUCUUUGUUGUCAUGGAGCACUGUCUGAAGCAUGGCCUUAAAGUAAGAAAAUCCUUUUUAAGUUACAAUAAAACUAUCUGGGGUCCUUUGGAACUUGUGGAGAAAUUAUAUCCAGAAGCUGAGGAAAUAGCAGCAAGUGUCAGAGAUUUGCCUGGCCUCAAAACACCACUGGGCCGUGCCCGGGCCUGGUUACGGUUGGCACUAAUGCAGAAGAAAAUGGCUGACUAUCUUCGCUGUUUAAUCAUUCAGAGAGAGCUUCUCAGUGAAUUUUAUGAGUAUCAUGCACUGAUGAUGGAAGAAGAAGGAGCAGUUAUUGUUGGGCUGCUGGUUGGGCUGAAUGUAAUAGAUGCUAACCUGUGCGUAAAGGGCGAAGACCUGGAUUCACAAGUUGGUGUGAUCGAUUUCUCUAUGUAUUUAAAGAGUGACGAUGACAUUGGAGGAAAGGAAAGAAAUGAACAGAUUGCUGCAAUUUUGGACCAAAAGAAUUAUGUUGAAGAACUAAAUAGACAACUGAAUAGCACAGUUAGCAGCCUACAUGCAAGAGUUGAUUCAUUAGAGAAGUCAAACACUAAACUGAUUGAAGAGUUAGCAAUAGCCAAAAACAAUAUAAUUAAACUUCAGGAAGAAAAUCAUCAAUUAAGAAGUGAAAAUACUCUGAUCUUAAUGAAAACACAGCAUCAUCUAGAGGUAACUAAAGUGGAUGUUGAAGCAGAACUUCAGACAUACAAACACUCCAGGCAGGGGUUAGAUGAGAUGUACAAUGAGGCACGGAGGCAGCUUCGAGAAGAAUCACAGCUCCGGCAGGAUAUGGAGAAUGAACUGGUAGUUCAAGUUAGCAUGAAACAUGAGAUAGAACUUGCUAUGAAGUUACUGGAGAAGGACAUCCAUGAGAAGCAGGACACACUCAUAGGCCUUCGGCAGCAGCUUGAUGAAGUUAAAGCAAUUAACAUGGAAAUGUACCAAAAGCUGCAGGUUUCUGAAGAUGCUAUGAAAGAAAAGAAUGAAAUAAUUGGUCGAUUAGAGGAUAAGACCAAUCAAAUUAACGCUACUAUGAAACAACUAGAACAAAGAUUGCAGCAAGCAGAGAAGGCUCAAUUGGAAGCUGAGAAUGAGGACGAGAAACUUAAACAGGAAUAUGUGAAUAAGUCUGAAAGUCUGCAGAAAGAAUUCUCUCAGAAGGAGAAACAGCUGCUCCAGCUGGAAACAGAUUUGAAGAUAGAAAAGGAGUGGCGGCAAACUCUGGAGGAUGAUCUUCAAAAGGAAAAGGAAACUGUAUCUCAUCUGCGAAUAGAGACCCAAGAAAUAAUUAACCUGAAAAAAGAGUUUAUUAAACUUCAGGAAAAGAACAGGCAACUGAAAAGGAUAUGUCAGGACCAAGAAGCUGCUCUCCAAGAACUGGCAUCCAAGCUGAGCGAAUCCAAGCUGAAAAUAGAAGAUAUAAAAGAGGCAAACAAAGCGUUGCAGGGGCAGGUUUGGUUGAAGGACAAAGAGGCUACACAUUGCAAGUUAUGUGAAAAGGAAUUCUCACUUUCCAAAAGGAAGCACCAUUGUAGAAACUGUGGUGAGAUCUUCUGUAAUGCUUGUUCCGACAAUGAACUGCCUCUGCCUUCCUCACCAAAGCCUGUUCGCGUCUGUGAUUCCUGCCAUGCAAUACUUAUACAGAGGUGUUCUUCUAAUGUGCCAUAAGAUUAUUUUACAAGUUAUUUAUUACCCUGCGUAUUUAGCUAAUUCUGUAAAACAAAACAAACAAAGAACAGCUGCAGAAUGUACAGCACUAUUUCUGUUGAUACAAAUAGAGAGGAUGGGACGCAAAACCACAAAAUGCAUGUCUUAAAAAUGAACAUGUUAAAAUUACAGAUUGCAGUAUUAGUCUAACAAAUGACUUGGAAGCUCUUCUGGAGGAAGGAAGGGCAGUUUAUAGAGGAGAUUCAGUGUUAAUUGGUAUUCCAGUCAUAAUGAUCUUGAGAGGGUGAUUUAUUUAUCUGAUUUUACAGGCUAGUCCAACUGAAUUGUAAUGCAGAAUUUGCCUGUAGUAUGCUGCUGUGAAGCAAAAUGGAAGUAAUGGUUUUUAACUGUACUUUGAAGUAAGGAAGUAAAUUAAUGGAGGUGGCCCAGUAAAUUAUUGCCAAAUACCUUAGUCAUUUGCUUCCUCUCAGUUAUUAAGAUUUGAUACAUCCAAGAAUAUUGCACUGACAAUUCUAUAGUCAGAGGAGUAGAGGGAGAUGGUGUCAGAUAGGUGAGAAACGGUGUCUUUAGGCACUGGGAGAAAGGGGGUGCAUUUUGCCAAAUUAUUUUGUAAAAUUAGCUAUUAAUUUGACCUUAUGAGUGUUGUCAUGUCCAUCCAAUUUUUUUAUGCCUUAUGUUGUCUGUAGCCUCAAGGAAGUGUCUUCGUAUUAUCUUCAGGAAAAUCAUGCUUAGCUCUAGAGGCAGCAUCAGCCUGCUGCCAGGAGACACUAAAAGCUGUGGACCACGUCCUUUCUGUGGUGCUUGUGUUGGACCAGAAGGUUUGUCUUUUUGUUAUCUUAUUUCUCAAAGGUCAGUUUGUUCCUAAAUAUUUUCUUUUUUUCCAGAGAGCUUUUGAGUUCUGCUAGGUCUGACACAUCCCACCACUGUUUAUGUUGGUGUUCCAUGGUAACUUCUGCUGGAAUGUACAUUUCAAUUCUUCUAGUAGCCAAAUAAAAAUACAGCCUUUGAUGGGUUGUAUUUAGCAGCAGCCUCGCUGUCGUGUCACUGCUCUAGAAUCAACCUGCCCUCUGCCCUUCAGCCCUUCAUGUGAAUGGGUCCAGCCACGGAAUCUCCACACUCUGGUCAGUACUGGUGAGCUGUUGGCAGUUAUCAGCUCUGUAGUUCAUUUAUGGGCCUGGAAUUCCUACUGACAGGAGCACGGCAGCUUGGAAACAGGUCUUUCUUUUAGUCAUUCUUGCACUUUGUUUAGCUUAGCUGUCUUUUGAGGAUAGGUAUUUAGCUAAUAUUCCAAGAGCUAACUAACUGUUCUUUUUGACACGUCAGUGUAGUUGCUUAUGUAGCUUUUGUAAAGAAAAAUGUUUUUAAAAGUAGCUAGUAUAACUUCUUUUGUAAAAUACAAAUGUUUGUAAAUGUGUAAAUAGCUUUUAGAAAAAAAUAAAUUUAAUUGAUCUUCAAUGUGAUGAUGGGAGUAAUGUGGCUUUAUUUAAAUUUGCAUUGCAGAGUACUUUGAAUGUUUUGUUGACUUGCUCACGUUGCUUAAAGAGUCUCUGCCUUUGUUGGGCAAUGGGGGAGCUGCCCUGCUAAUUAUAUAACGAAGUGCUGCUUGCUUGCUUCAUUAAGGUACUUCGAUCUGAGUGUUUUGAAGUGUUUUUUUCUUUUUUUUGUGGGCCCAGUAUGAAGGCAAACUGUUUGAUGUAGGAUAUAGAACAUGCUUGUCAGUCCUGCUUCAGUAUCUUUUCAAAAAUUAUGCGACUGGACAAAUUAAUUUUAAAUAGGCAAUAGUUUAAAAUAAGAAUACAGUGCAGUUACUGCCAGUGCUGAAACUUUUGUAAUAUACAGAUGCAAUCAAUUACCUACUGCCUAACUAUGAACUCUUCCAUUCCUCUGUUUACGUGGAAAAAUGUUACUGAAUGGUACAUAGCCUACUUAGACUGCUUUUAUGUUGAGAGAAAUUGCUGCCUUGAACUAAAGAAUGCUGUACACUGUUCCAGGUGGCAUCCAGGUUUCCUUUGACAUCGAACUGUGUAUCUGGCUCACUUUCAGCAGGUUUUUGGACCACACUACCGUUACUCCAUUAAUAAUGUAAUGAUUUUGUCUUUCUAUAAAACUUUGUUCUGUGACAGAUUAUCUUGUGAUUCUAAAUAAUAUUCCUUGAACCAAGUACAUGAAGGUAUGUGGUGUACCUAAUGCAUACCUCAAAGGAAAUUGUAAUUGUUCCUAUCAGAGCAACCUAUUUUUUUUUUUGGGGGGGGGAGGUAAUUUCCUUCUAACUAACUUAACUAUAUAAGGGCAUUAACAAAUAGAAAAUAUGCUUCUCCUCCCCUCCCCCUUCCCCCACUGAUUAUACUGGCUGUCUCACCUUCUUGCAAAGGUGGUUAACAUACUUGGAUUUUCCUUCACUGUCAGAGAAGGAGGUCCAUCUGAUGGCCUGCAUUCAUCACACAAGAGAUUGCAGGAACCAGUCAGUACUUCUCAGUGGAUAACCAACCACUUUAAAAGAACUAUACUUUGCAGCAAGUAUUUCAGCUUUACAUACAACAAAUAUGAACUUCAAAAAUUUUUUUUUCUUCUCAGAGAAGUUCCUUGAAAUGGUCUGUACUGUACACUGCUCUCGUUACAGGAUGAUGUGUAAAUAGGGAUUGGACAAGCAUAAGACAUUCACUCUCCAGAACAGAACUGUAUUAUUCAAGAGUCAGAUUCAGAAUGACUUCUGGUUAACUUGCUUGGUGAUGCCAAAUAGCUUGAAGUGCGACUACUUUGUUCUCAGGUAUGUCAGUCUUAAAUCAAUAGCGAGUGUUCUUUCUCAGAAAACAGAAUGCAAAGUAUACUUGAGGAAAUAGAGCUAUGAUACCUAUUUAGAUAGCUGACAGAGAAAUCUGUCAGAUGUAGAGGUACUCUGCCUCACUGAAUGCUAUUUUUUCCUGCCCCUGGAUUAAUUUUUAUCCCACCCUUAGUUAUCUCAGUUUUACAAGACAUACAACCCUCACCAACUAAGAAUGCACUACUUACUGCAAGCUCCAACUUACAACAGAGUCCUGCACCAUCACUGCUACGCUGACUUCAAGUCGUUGUUCCUCCCAUUACUCUGCCCCAUACUUCAGUAUUUGGAUUAUUUCCUAUUGCAGAUGAGCCCUGCUGCUAUUACUUCCAAUAACGUUGACACAAGCACGCACUCUCUAGUGAAAUAAACUCCAUUCUACUAUCUCCCAGAGCAAGACAUUUAUUACAUAUAUAACACAGUACUAGCAAAACAGGUGACAGACUUUCAAUACCCAAGAUCACAUUCGACAUUUUAAGGGAGGCGCUGAGGACAAAGCAGUUAAUUUGGGAGAUCACACUGGCUCAGAAGAAUAAAUACCUUAUUACACAUCAGGUAUGUUAAGUGUCUUCAAACAAUUUUUCUUACACAUCUUACAUGUCACAAAUGCACAAAAACUUUUUUUUCCAAUGUGGUAGGGGUUGUGUCACUUAACAAAUAUUGUUUUCAGAGAUACCUGGCUUCUAACAAACUCAUAUAAUGGUUGCCAUGUUUUAAACAAAUACAGACAAAUCAGCUAUGUGCAG